AUGAAGAAAGACAUUGAAAGUCUUAUAGCCCAGGAAAGAGCUGACAUCAUCGGCAAAUAUGAAAAGGUAAGCUAAUGUUUAAACUGAAGACAUUUUGUAUCUAUUACUAGUGAACCAUGCAACAAAAGUGUUUCUCAUAUAUUAUUUAUAUAUAUAUGUGUAUAUAUAUAUAUAUAUAUAUAUAUAUAUAUAUAUAGACAUAUUUUCUCAUGUUUUUCUAAUCGUAGUAGAUUAAUUUGAGCAGUGACGGACCGCUGUUAACCAUUAAAAUGUUCUUAAAAUAAAAUGUUAUUUUCAGAUGUGUGUCAUGUUGAAUUUCUCCCUUUCUCUACCUUGUUCUUUUGGUUUCUCAGGGAAGGCAGCAGGGAGCUCAGAUUGACCCGUGGGAGGAUGCUGACUUUGCUUUGUACAAAGUCACUGACAGAUUUGGAUUCUUACAGUAAGUUCAGUGAGAAGGGAUGCAUGGUGAUUAUGGUUAAUUUUAAGUAGUGGAACCAUAUAUGAAAUAAUUACUGUAGAUGGCUGCAACUAACCAUUUGUGGAAAAAUGCUGCUUCCCAAUAAUGCAUUCACUCUGAUAUUGCUGUGUUUUCUCGUGGAUGUAGAGCUAAGCAUGGGCACACUGUAGAAUAUUGCAUAUUCUAUGUUUCUAUUGAUUAUAUAUAUGGAUGUGUGGAUUGACAUAAGUAACAGAUGGUAUCAAUAAGUCACAAGGCUUUCUUUGUCCGAGAGCUCUGGAAUGUGGAUGUGGGGGUUUUGUCCUUAUAUGGCUAGAGUUAUAUGCUGACGUUAGUAUUAGCACUUCUAUAUAGUAACAGAGGGACACGAGGUCGCAGUCUCACUCUUGGCUUGGCUCUGUACAACGAUGUAACUCUCCCAUCAGAAGUCCAGCAAUUACCAUCUGCUGUUGAAUGUCCAUUAUCCUGUAACAUCAUUUGUUGUUUUAUGUAUCCGUAACUAAGAAUAAACCUGAAGAAACCGUAAGUCAGAUUGCGUAUUACUACUUUUCAAUAAUAUAGACAUAUAUUAUUGUGGCGAGCAUUUGGCCCAAGAUUAUAUAUACAAAAGACGUAUAUAUAUCAAUCAACUGAAGAUAAGAAGAAAUUAAGAAAGAGUCUACAUUAACAUCCAUUCAUCUAGUUUUUUACAUUGGCUAGCCAGCCAGUCUUCUAUUCAAGUUUUGUUCCCACUUCAAGGGGGGAGAGAGAAGAAUCGAGUUACAAAGCUAUUUUGGAACUGGGAAAACAAACUUGAAGAGAAAAAAAGAAUCUAGACUGACUGUCAUAGAAGAACUGUGUUUGUAAGAAAAAGAAAGUUUUCAAAUCAAAGACUGUACAAGACUAUUUUCUACAACUGAGACAAAAAGCACAAGAUACAACGUGAAAUCUAGAAGCAAGCACGUGGCAGACAUUGGCAAAUUUCCAGAUCCAAGCAAAGAACUGCGCAGCUGUGUGGAUGAAGCAACGAAAUAGACAGAAAUAACUGAUCUGGUAAAGCGUGACAGAUCCAUGUGGCAAUUAAUCAGGAAAGCAUUCCUUUAGACAACUGGACAUCGACUGUUGGAAAGAGACUUUUCAUCUGAUCGGCAAACAGUGAUGGAAGAUUCUACAGAGUUCAUUUGAUACAGAAGAUUAACAGACUUACAAAGAAAUAAAAGAUUGACACUAACAUACAUAUAAAUUCCUAAAUAUUAAUGAAGAAAACAGACAAUGAAAAGUUAUUUAACAGUUAUGACUAUUAAUACCAAAAGAGAGUACUUAUAGCUAUAUAACACAUGGAGUACAAUUAUGAAAAGAACUAUUAUAUUAUUACCUAUACAUAGGAUGAGAAGUAUCAGAGGUAGAUAAAAUAUGAAGUUGAUAAAAUAAGGAUCAUGGUUACUUAAUACCACAAAGAUUGAGUUCAAUAGUAUUUCAUAGAUUAACUAUAAUGAGUAAUUUGUUUAUAUCGAGGUGAAGUAAAACAAACAAUGGUAACAUAAGGAAGAAAACUAAGGAAGGAUAAUUUAUAUUGAUUAAUAUUAAGUAAUUAUAUACAUUAAGAAAGCCUUGGAUAUAAGAGUUCAAAGAUCCAAGAGGAAUUGAAUUGAAUUGAAGGAGUAUAGUACACAAUUAUAUUUGACCUAAGUCUAUAAAGGUAUGGACUAGGGAGAAUAGGUUUCUGGAUAUGAUGGUAUCCAAUGAAUACAUUGUUAAGUUGUUUAUGAUUACCCUGAGUUUGUUAGACACAGACUAGGAAUAAGAGUUUCUGGGCAGUAUGACCCCAAGUUUAUUUUAUUUUAAUUUAGUCACUUGAAGUGUACUAAGGAAUACGGAUUGGUCAGAACAUUAGGACAAUCCUGCUUUUAAAAUGUAUUACAUUAAUAAGUCAUCACAAUGCUAAUGAAGAGAGUGAUGAUAAUUAAUUUAAAUUAUUCUUUCCAAGUUAUUUUAAAGUAAACUAUGUUUCUAUGGAAUGAAAAGUUUGUUACUACAAGGUGGAAUUUUAGUGAAAAUUAUAAUUAUGUAAACAAAAACAAAUCUAUGUUAGAAAGAUUUCUGGGUGGAGAAUUUCUAGGACAAUAAGUAUUGUCAACACCAGGAACAUUAUUUGAAGAAUUAUUAUAGAACUUCAUGGUUGAUAACACAUCAUUUGAAUGAGACUUAUAAGUAGUGUUGGUAUAUUUCAGGUAGUGAGAGCCUACUGAAUAUACAAAUUAAAUACUAUGAUUGUAAAGUACUGAUACAAUCAUCACUAGGUGGUAUUAAUGGUAUAGGAAUGUAAUUCAUGAAUACAAAUGAUAAAGAUUUUAAGUUGCUAGAAACCAUACGAUUCAUGGAUAUAUAAUUGGACAGGAUAUUAUAGUAAUACAUGUAUUAGUACUUAAAUAAUAUCAGGUAUUGAGAAUGAAAAUACUAUGCUAUAUGUGUCUGUAGGAAUAUGAUAGUGAUACACAGUUAUUAUUAUUUAGAAAGUUACGAUCUUGGAUUUUGUUAUCUACAAAGAUACGACUGUACCAGAGCAGGUAGAUCUUUCUCAUUGCUUUACAUUGUUUAUUGGAUCAACAUUUGUAAAUAUUUUAUUUUAUUCGUUUAUUAUUGUGAUAUAUGUAUAUAUUAUGUUCAAGUAGUUAUGAUGUAACAUGGAUAUGGAUAUCAAUACAUAGCUGAAACAGAGGGAAUUUGAAGUAAAGUAAGCAGUAUGAGGGAUAGAAACUCGACCUUCUAAGAACUCUCAUAUAAUAGAAAGUUGUGACUACAUCUUGUUCUAUGCUCAAUGAAUGUGAUACAAGUGAUGUAUGAAUGGACAGGUUAGUGACAUUGUGUUAUGGUUUUAAAACAAACCAUAAACAGAGGGAAUGUAGAAUAUUGCAUAUUCUAUGUUUCUAUUGAUUAUAUAUAUGGAUGUGUGGAUUGACAUAAGUAACAGAUGGUAUCAAUAAGUCACAAGGCUUUCUUUGUCCGAGAGCUCUGGAAUGUGGAUGUGGGGGUUUUGUCCUUAUAUGGCUAGAGUUAUAUGCUGACGUUAGUAUUAGCACUUCUAUAUAGUAACAGAGGGACACGAGGUCUCGCAGUCUAGUCACUCUUGGCUUGGCUCUGUACAACGAUGUAACUCUCCCAUCAGAAGUCCAGCAAUUACCAUCUGCUGUUGAAUGUCCAUUAUCCUGUAACAUCAUUUGUUGUUUUAUGUAUCCGUAACUAAGAAUAAACCUGAAGAAACCGUAAGUCAGAUUGCGUAUUACUACUUUUCAAUAAUAUAGACAUAUAUUAUUGUGGCGAGCAUUUGGCCCAAGAUUAUAUAUACAAAAGACGUAUAUAUAUCAAUCAACUGAAGAUAAGAAGAAAUUAAGAAAGAGUCUACAUUAACAUCCAUUCAUCUAGUUUUUUACACACACUAUGGAGCCCAUAUAAUUUAUAAUAUAAUAUUUAAUGUAUUGUAUAUAAUGUUGAAGUCACAUAGAUUGAGUAUGCAUUUUUUUUAUUUAUAGCCAUUUAUUUGUAUGAACUGUUAUUGAAAUCAAACGGUGUGAUAUUUUAUGUAUUGUAAUGUUUUGAUAUUUGAGUAUCCUUAGAUCAGGGCUUGACAAAUUUGCUUUGCAUCUUGGAGCCAGCUAAAAAAGUUAGAAGCCAGAUUUAAAAAAAAAAAAAAAAAACUUACUUAGCUUUAUAUUCAACAACAAAAAUAAAAUUCUUAAAGGGACGCUAUAGUCACCAGGACCACUACAGCUUAAUAUAGUGGUUCUGGUCUAUGUAGCUUGUCCCUGCAGGCUUUUCAAUGUAAACACUGCCUUUUCACAGAAAAGGCAGUGUUCACAUUGCUUCCUAGUGGCACCUCUAGUGACUGUCACUCAGAUGGUCACUAGAAGUACUUCCUGUGUCAGUGCCUACAUUUAGCGUCUCCAUGCUCUGCAUGGAGGUACUGAAUGUUUCCCAUAGAGAUGCAUCGAUUCAAUGCAUUUCUAUGAGGAGAUGCUGAUUGGUGCAUCGUUUUGCAGCUAAUACUAUGGGAAACAUUGGAUUGGCUGAGAUCAUCAAGCUUGAUGAUCUCAGCCAUAAAAGCAGAGCCAGUCGAGGAGAGACCAGCACGGCUUGGGGAAAAAAAGGUGAGUAAAAACACCAUUCCUUUGCGAACACAAUAGUGCUGGUAACCUAAACACACACACACCUACCAUGACAAACAGACACACAGACACACACACCGAGACACACCAUGACAGACAGACAGACACACACACACACACCAUAAUAAACAAAGAAUCCUGCACACUGAUACCAUGUAAAUGAUCCGGCCAUCCACAGUGGAGGAGCGCCGUGUCUGGCGGACAUCGCUGGACCCACCAGUAAAGUCUUCAAAAGGAAUAAACGCAGGCAACACUCCAAUAGUAAGGAUGGUAUAUUUGAUAGGUGAACCACCCCAUAAAAAGUGCAACGUUUCGGCUCAGCUGAGCCUUAAUCAUGCACACUCACACUAACAGACAUGCUCACAAACUAUUGCUUAUAUUGAUACCUGUGGGGUCCAGUGGGUGACCUGCCAGUGGAAUGUUCAGGCAGGCGUCAUGCUGAGAAAUCAUUCAGGCGGCCGGCAAAUUAGAGGAUUGUGUAGGCGGGCUGCAUGGUGGGGGAAUAUGGAGGACGACGGCAUGCUGGGUGGUCGUGGAGGCAGGCGGCUAGGUACAUGAAUAGUAGGCGGCGAGGGAGCUGUAAUUUCUCUGCUCUGAUCUCUCACGCUUAAUGAGACUGAGGCCUGCGUAGGAGCAGAGACAUUACAGCUCCCUCGCCAACCGCCUAAUAUUCGUGCAGCUAGCCACCUGCCUCCACGAUCACCCAGCAUGUCGCCCUCCUCUGUAUUCCCCCAGCAUGCAACCCGCCUACACAAUCCUCUAAUUUUGCGCCCGCCUGAAUGAUUUCUCAGCAUGUUGCCCACCUGAACGAUCCCCUGGCUGGUCAUCCACUGGACCCCACAGGUAUCAAUACAAGCAACAGUGUGUGCGUGUGUUCCCCCAGCAUGCAGCCUGCCUACACAAUUCCCCAGUCUGCCUCCAGGGUAACAGGCUCACAUAUCCAAAAUUCCUGGGCACCAUGGCGACCUGGUGCCUAGGAUUUGUUGAGCACUGCCUUAGAUGGUUAUUUUCUUUAUUGGACAUUUUACAUAACUCUUUAAAAUAGGUUGGCUCCUGUGGCUGCCUGAGUUAGUCCAAUAAUGUAUAUGUAAAAUAAUGAACUAUUGCAGUUUCUUGUAAUAUCUUUUAAUUGGACUAACAUAAUUAUCGGACUAAUAAUAAUAUUAUUAUUAUUAUUAUCAGCAUUAUACAGCGCCGACAUAUUGUGCAGCGCUUCAGUCACUACAAAUUUCUGUUAGUCCAACACAACCAUUAUUGCAAGAAACUGCAAUAUAUUUGCAUUUGGAUUCUAAAGUAUACUAGCAUUUAUCAUGCACUUAAAUAUGUAAACACUUAGUGGCCAACUUAUUAAGGUCAAAUGCUUGUCAACACAAAUAGUUAUCAAUCAACUUAACAUAUAAAGGAAACUAUGUCAGAAAAAAAUUGCUGUUGAUAGACCAAACAUUGAAAUGAGAAGCUUAAUGUAGUUGUUCUGGUGAGUAUUGUCAGUCCCUGUAGGCUUUUUGCAGUAAACACUGUCUUUUCAGAGAAGGCAGUGUUUACAUUACAAUAAAACACACUAAUUGAAAAAAUCAAUUAAAAAUACAUAGGAUUUAGUGGAAAUGGAAAUGUGUAGAGCACUUCACAAUAAAUGAAUGUUAAUGUUUGCUCUCUUAUUCGAAUACAAAUGUAUCAGCUGGUCCUGUCAUCACCACCUAUUAGAUAAGGAAGGCAGAGUCUAUGGACUGCUGAAAUUAAUCUAAUAUAAGUUCCAAUAAGUUAUGAAUCCAAUAUAUAUGGCUAGUAAAUAUGUGUAAAAAGUUAGAAUCAAGCCCCUCCAAGGGUUAAAAUCCACUGCAGCAGACAGAUACUUUUUAAAGUUUAUUGAAUGAUAAAAAAUGCUACACACACAUGUAGCUAUUGAUAAAAAAGGGGGUCCCAAACAUGAGUUACAAAAAAGAUAGCACCAGUACCAGGUUUAACAGACCUCGAGCCCAAAAGAUCACUUUCUUGCCGGCCGGACAGAAGUGAAUUGGAUUUUCCUCGUGCUGUAUGCUGCUGGUUUCUAGCCGCGUGCGUUCCACUGCGGCUCAGGAUGCGUGUCAGAGGUGCUCACUCUCGGGACCGAUGUGUAUUGGUUUGCAGAUGCCGCCUUACUAGUUUCGUGAUUCUUGAUCACUUCAUCAGAGGAUGGCAUCAUGGAGUCUGCAAUCUUCUUUUUAUACUUGUUCUGUCUGUCUUCAUUAGUAUCACGUUAACCCUUAAGUCUAUGUACAAUGUUGCAAUUCAUAUCAGUAUAAAUAAUAUAAGAAGUUGACACAUGAUAUAUUGUUUGUUUUUAGCCACACAUAUAUAAUGGAAAACUAAUAACCAUAAAAAAAAAAAAGGGGAAUUAUACAAAGGCAAUAUAAAAGGGGACAAUAUAGAGAGGGGCAAUAUAUAAAACAAGGAAAAUAUAUAAAGGACAAACAACCAAAUAACCAAAUACUAAAGAAAUUCUAACAUAUUAUGUGGUAUAUUGGUUAUUAUAAAUACAUUAUAAAAUCUUAUAUUCCUUCACAAAUACAUCCCAAAAGCAGUGAUCAAUAGAUUAAAAAUUUCUUGCAUAAUAGAAAUACUCUAAGGAUGGGUUAUGAAUAUAUAUAAAUAUAAAGUAUAGCAAUUCAAAAAAUAAAAAUUAAUUUAUCAAAAAGUUAAAAAUUUAUAAAAAUUUGGAAAAUUAAAAAAAAAAAAAAAAAAAUUUAUUAAAAAAUUUAAUUAAUUUCAUUGAUUUAUAAAUCACCUGGAGAGAGAAGAGGAGAAAGAUAAACACAUUAUUAAUUGUAAAAUUCAUUUGUUAUAGAUACACACUGAAAAAAAAAAAUUAAGUAAUUAAAGAAAAGCAUUUAGUUCAAAAUCAAUAUUUAAACCAAAGGGCUCUAAACUAUUAAGUUGAAAUAUCCAUUUAGCCUCACUUUUGUCAAGAGCUUUUUCGUAGUCUCCUCCCCUCCAAUGCAAGUUCACUUUUUCAAUAGCAUAAAAUUCUAAACCUGCUGGAUUAUUGGAGUGGCAACUUGCAAAAUGUCUGGAGAGAUUAUGUGUAGUAAGUCCCUUUUUAAUGUUACGAAUAUGUUCUCCUAGUCUAAUUUUAAACUUUCUUUUUGUCCGACCUAUAUAGUGUUUCUUACAGGGACAUAUUAGGAGGUAGAUAACUCCAAUGGUAUUGCAACUUAGAUCUGAUUUUAUUUCAAAUUCUUCAUCCCCUUUCAUGUUUUCAAAUUUCUUUGUUAGACCUGUUUGGGUUGGAUUGUUUCUACAACCAGAGCAUCUAUUACAUUUUCGAAAUCCACCAGCUUUUUGAUUAUUGCUUGAUAGUUUGAUUUCUUUUAUCGUUGGGGCUAAUAUGGUUUUGAGAUUGGGCGCCUUUGAGUAGAAAAUCUUUGGUCUAUCAUCUAAUAUCAUACCCAGUGAACUAUCUUCUUUAAGGAUUCUCCAAUGCUUAUUCAGAAUAUGCUUUAUUUUUCCUGCUUGAUUGCUAAAUUGUGUGAUAAACGCUGGGGUUUCCGUCUCCAUUUUCGAUGUCUUAUUCUUACUUAUCAAUGUUUCUUCCCUAGAUAAUUUCAGGGCUUUAUCCAUUGCGUUAGUCAACAUGUUGUUAUCAUAUCCUUUUUUGAGAAAUUGGUUUUUCAUCUCCUCCAUUUGAUUUAUACAAAUAUCCAAUUCUGUACAAUUCCGUCUUAUCCGUCUGAAUUGUCCAUAAGGUAUGUUGUCCAGCCAAGUUUUCUUGUGAUGGCUGUCUGAGGGAAUAAAGCUAUUACAAGCAACAGAUUUUCUAAAUGUUUUUGUACAGAUCCUCUCCUCUUUGAUGUAGAUUUCUAGAUCUAGAAAUUCUACCGAAACUUUUGAAUGAUUAAAAGUGAACUUUAAAUUAUAAGGAUUAAGAUUGAGGUAGUUCUUGAAUUCAUUAAGGGAACAUAGAUCGCCUUUCCAAAUAAAGAUACAAUCAUCUAUGUAUCGCCGCCAUAGGACCAGGUUUGCACUAUGUGGGGUAUUGCUCCAAAUGAAUUCUUCUUCCCACUUUCCCAUAAAUAAAUUUGCAUAACUUGGUGCAAACCUGGUACCCAUGGCGGUACCCUCUGUCUGGAGAUAAAAUCGAUGUUGUGCCCAAAAGGUAUUGUGACUCAGAAUAAAUGCAAUUGCUUGAACAAGAAAACUGAUCUGAUCAUUCUUUAGCUCAGAGUAUUUAGCGAAGGAGUGUUGUAUAGCUUCACAUCCUUGAAGAUGUUCAAUAAUCGUAUAUAAAGAUGUCACAUCAGCCGUUACUAAAAAAUAUCCUUCUUCCCAUUCAAUAUUUGAUAAAGCUUUAAUAAUUUGUGUGGUAUCUUUCAAAUAUGAUGGAAGUUGGAUCACCAUCGGUUGUAGGAACUGAUCUACAUAUUGGGAAAGAUUGGAUGUCAGUGAAUUAAUUCCUGAAAUAAUUGGCCUUCCAGGGGGAUUGAUAAGACUUUUGUGGAUCUUAGGCAAAUGAUAAAAAACUGCCGUUCUUGGAUAUUUACACCAGAUAAAAUCAUAUUCUCUUUUAUUUAAAAUUCCUCUAAGUUUACCAUCAUUUAUUAAUUCCAAAAAUUCUUCCAUACAUAUCUUCUGAGGAUUUUCUGUAAGGGGUAAAUAUGUAUUAGUAUCACUGAGCAGUCUAGUGGUUUCCUUCUCAUAAUCCACAGUGUUCAUUAAGACUACUCCUCCCCCUUUGUCGGCAGAUCUUAUUAUUAUGUCAGGGUUGUUAGUAAGUGCUUUCAGAACUUGCCUUUCUUUGAAGGUUAAGUUGUCUUUAACCUUUCUUCCUUUCUCCAGCUUACGCAAGUCUUUCUCAACUAAUCUUUCAAAAACCCUAAUUGUGUCAUUUUUGACUUGUUUUGGGUAAAAAAUGGAUUGUGGAUGAAGAUUUGUGUGUAUAUAUCUCUCCUCUUCAGUCUGUUUUGAAUAUUUGUUUUCUAAAAAAUAUUUUUUGACUGUCAAUUUCCUUAUAAAUUUAUGGAGAUCUAUAAAGGUGUUAAAUCGUGAGUUUUUCUUGUUGGGAGCGAAUUUUAAGCCUUUUUUGAGUAUAUUCAUCUCAUUAGUAUUCAGAUGGUAAUCAGAUAGGUUGAAUACACUCUCUUCUCCAUCGUUCUCUCCUAUAUUCGUUAUAUCUGGAUUAUUUCUCCUCUGUCUUCCUCUCUUCUUUGCCUUUUUCUUUGUAUUGGAGACCGUAAUAUUUCUCCCCUCUCUCUCCAUGAUUUCUUUACAGCCAUUCUCGUCUCCUCUCUCUUCUCUAAAAAAUCCCCUAAAAAAUCUUUUUGAUGGGGUGAAAUGAUAGAUGGUGUUAAACAUUGUUUGGUCCUAGGGGAAUUAAUAUGUAUUUCCCUUCUGUCUUUACACAAUCUUUCGUCUUUUUGUAAAAUAUCACUCCUCCGUUUCUCAUUUCUUAUAUGAUUAUUCUCUAAAUAUAACCCACCUUUCGAGGGGGAUUGUCGUGGGUUAUAUUUGUAUUUCUGUCUCUCAUAUGUACCUCUUUGAGAUUCUGAUCCUCUCCUCUCCAUUGUUCUCCCUUGAUUUCUAAAAUGAUUUCUGGAAUUGUUGGGGGAAUGGUGGUAAUUGUGAUAAUGUGCCCUUUCUUGUAUAUUUCUUACUGGAUUAAAUCUCUUCUUCUCCAUUCCUCUCACUUGGUUUUUCCAAACGUGUUCUCUUCUAUUUGGGGUUCUGUUUUUCUCCCAUUGUUGGUGUAUAGCCCAUUCUGAUUUGGUAUAGUUCUGUUUCUUCCAAUUUCUUUGUACCCCUUUAUCAUAAUCUUCUUUAUCUCUCAUAAUUUUUCUCCUUUUGCCUUCUCCUAUUUUAUUAUCCAAGUCUUUUACUUUCCUCUCUAUCUUAUCGAGUAAUUCUGCAUAUAAUCCAUUUUCAGUUUCAGGAGAUAAGUCUGUUUUUAAUUGUUCAAUUUCAAUUUCUAAUUGUUCCAACUCUUUCUUUUUUUCCCCAAUUAGGAAGAUAAUUAAAAGUAGGGACCCCUUAUCUAGUAAUUGGUCCCAUUUUUUCAAUAUAUUUUCAUCUUUCCUUUUAUAAGCUAGGGGUUUUUGUAACCUCAAUCCCCUUGGUACUAGAUUGUUGGAAACAUAGAAUUCGAAACUGGUGAUGUCCCACCAGAUUUGGGUUUCUUUCUCUAAUAAAUCUCCUAAUUUGUAGAUUUUCAAUCUGGUACAUGUUGGUUGGGGUGAGGGAGUAUGAUCAUUAACCCUCUUUGUUCCAUUCAUCUCGUUAGACAUCAUUUGGUGAAAUGUAUUUCUCCUGUUUUCUCUAAUGAAAUUCAAAUUUCUAUUUAAAGCCAUAUCUUAUCUUUUGUUGGUGGUAAAAUGAACAACAAUAUGAUAAAACUUAGUAGAUAUACACCAAACAAAUUCGGUAGAGUAUCUUUCUAAGAUUAAAAAUAAAGAUUAGAUACGGCUACCAUAACCACUGUAUCACUAGUAUAAAAUAACCACCACCAGGGGUUAAGCAAUCAAAAUAAAACACACUAAUUGAAAAAAUCAAUUAAAAAUACAUAGGAUUUAGUGGAAAUGGAAAUGUGUAGAGCACUUCACAAUAAAUGAAUGUUAAUGUUUGCUCUCUUAUUCGAAUACAAAUGUAUCAGCUGGUCCUGUCAUCACCACCUAUUAGAUAAGGAAGGCAGAGUCUAUGGACUGCUGAAAUUAAUCUAAUAUAAGUUCCAAUAAGUUAUGAAUCCAAUAUAUAUGGCUAGUAAAUAUGUGUAAAAAGUUAGAAUCAAGCCCCUCCAAGGGUUAAAAUCCACUGCAGCAGACAGAUACUUUUUAAAGUUUAUUGAAUGAUAAAAAAUACUACACACACAUGUAGCUAUUGAUAAAAAGGGGGUCCCAAACAUGAGUUACAAAAAAGAUAGCACCAGUACCAGGUUUAACAGACCUCGAGCCCAAAAGAUCACUUUCUUGCCGGCCGGACAGAAGUGAAUUGGAUUUUCCUCGUGCUGUAUGCUGCUGGUUUCUAGCCGCGUGCGUUCCACUGCGGCUCAGGAUGCGUGUCAGAGGUGCUCACUCUCGGGAUCGAUGUGUAUUGGUUUGCAGAUGCCGCCUUACUAGUUUCGUGAUUCUUGAUCACUUCAUCAGAGGAUGGCAUCAUGGAGUCUGCAAUCUUCUUUUUAUACUUGUUCUGUCUGUCUUCAUUAGUAUCACGUUAACCCUUAAGUCUAUGUACAAUGUUGCAAUUCAUAUCAGUAUAAAUAAUAUAAGAAGUUGACACAUGAUAUAUUGUUUGUUUUUAGCCACACAUAUAUAAUGGAAAACUAAUAACCAUAAAAAAAAAAAAGGGGAAUUAUACAAAGGCAAUAUAAAAGGGGACAAUAUAGAGGAGUGAUAUUUUACAAAAAGACGAAAGAUUGUGUAAAGACAGAAGGGAAAUACAUAUUAAUUCCCCUAGGACCAAACAAUGUUUAACACCAUCUAUCAUUUCACCCCAUCAAAAAGAUUUUUUAGGGGAUUUUUUAGAGAAGAGAGAGGAGACGAGAAUGGCUGUAAAGAAAUCAUGGAGAGAGAGGGGAGAAAUAUUACGGUCUCCAAUACAAAGAAAAAGGCAAAGAAGAGAGGAAGACAGAGGAGAAAUAAUCCAGAUAUAACGAAUAUAGGAGAGAACGAUGGAGAAGAGAGUGUAUUCAACCUAUCUGAUUACCAUCUGAAUACUAAUGAGAUGAAUAUACUCAAAAAAGGCUUAAAAUUCGCUCCCAACAAGAAAAACUCACGAUUUAACACCUUUAUAGAUCUCCAUAAAUUUAUAAGGAAAUUGACAGUCAAAAAAUAUUUUUUAGAAAACAAAUAUUCAAAACAGACUGAAGAGGAGAGAUAUAUACACACAAAUCUUCAUCCACAAUCCAUUUUUUACCCAAAACAAGUCAAAAAUGACACAAUUAGGGUUUUUGAAAGAUUAGUUGAGAAAGACUUGCGUAAGCUGGAGAAAGGAAGAAAGGUUAAAGACAACUUAACCUUCAAAGAAAGGCAAGUUCUGAAAGCACUUACUAACAACCCUGACAUAAUAAUAAGAUCUGCCGACAAAGGGGGAGGAGUAGUCUUAAUGAACACUGUGGAUUAUGAGAAGGAAACCACUAGACUGCUCAGUGAUACUAAUACAUAUUUACCCCUUACAGAAAAUCCUCAGAAGAUAUGUAUGGAAGAAUUUUUGGAAUUAAUAAAUGAUGGUAAACUUAGAGGAAUUUUAAAUAAAAGAGAAUAUGAUUUUAUCUGGUGUAAAUAUCCAAGAACGGCAGUUUUUUAUCAUUUGCCUAAGAUCCACAAAAGUCUUAUCAAUCCCCCUGGAAGGCCAAUUAUUUCAGGAAUUAAUUCACUGACAUCCAAUCUUUCCCAAUAUGUAGAUCAGUUCCUACAACCGAUGGUGAUCCAACUUCCAUCAUAUUUGAAAGAUACCACACAAAUUAUUAAAGCUUUAUCAAAUAUUGAAUGGGAAGAAGGAUAUUUUUUAGUAACGGCUGAUGUGACAUCUUUAUAUACGAUUAUUGAACAUCUUCAAGGAUGUGAAGCUAUACAACACUCCUUCGCUAAAUACUCUGAGCUAAAGAAUGAUCAGAUCAGUUUUCUUGUUCAAGCAAUUGCAUUUAUUCUGAGUCACAAUACCUUUUGGGCACAACAUCGAUUUUAUCUCCAGACAGAGGGUACUGCCAUGGGUACCAGGUUUGCACCAAGUUAUGCAAAUUUAUUUAUGGGAAAGUGGGAAGAAGAAUUCAUUUGGAGCAAUACCCCACAUAGUGCAAACCUGGUCCUAUGGCGGCGAUACAUAGAUGAUUGUAUCUUUAUUUGGAAAGGCGAUCUAUGUUCCCUUAAUGAAUUCAAGAACUACCUCAAUCUUAAUCCUUAUAAUUUAAAGUUCACUUUUAAUCAUUCAAAAGUUUCGGUAGAAUUUCUAGAUCUAGAAAUCUACAUCAAAGAGGAGAGGAUCUGUACAAAAACAUUUAGAAAAUCUGUUGCUUGUAAUAGCUUUAUUCCCUCAGACAGCCAUCACAAGAAAACUUGGCUGGACAACAUACCUUAUGGACAAUUCAGACGGAUAAGACGGAAUUGUACAGAAUUGGAUAUUUGUAUAAAUCAAAUGGAGGAGAUGAAAAACCAAUUUCUCAAAAAAGGAUAUGAUAACAACAUGUUGACUAACGCAAUGGAUAAAGCCCUGAAAUUAUCUAGGGAAGAAACAUUGAUAAGUAAGAAUAAGACAUCGAAAAUGGAGACGGAAACCCCAGCGUUUAUCACACAAUUUAGCAAUCAAGCAGGAAAAAUAAAGCAUAUUCUGAAUAAGCAUUGGAGAAUCCUUAAAGAAGAUAGUUCACUGGGUAUGAUAUUAGAUGAUAGACCAAAGAUUUUCUACUCAAAGGCGCCCAAUCUCAAAACCAUAUUAGCCCCAACGAUAAAAGAAAUCAAACUAUCAAGCAAUAAUCAAAAAGCUGGUGGAUUUCGAAAAUGUAAUAGAUGCUCUGGUUGUAGAAACAAUCCAACCCAAACAGGUCUAACAAAGAAAUUUGAAAACAUGAAAGGGGAUGAAGAAUUUGAAAUAAAAUCAGAUCUAAGUUGCAAUACCAUUGGAGUUAUCUACCUCCUAAUAUGUCCCUGUAAGAAACACUAUAUAGGUCGGACAAAAAGAAAGUUUAAAAUUAGACUAGGAGAACAUAUUCGUAACAUUAAAAAGGGACUUACUACACAUAAUCUCUCCAGACAUUUUGCAAGUUGCCACUCCAAUAAUCCAGCAGGUUUAGAAUUUUAUGCUAUUGAAAAAGUGAACUUGCAUUGGAGGGGAGGAGACUACGAAAAAGCUCUUGACAAAAGUGAGGCUAAAUGGAUAUUUCAACUUAAUAGUUUAGAGCCCUUUGGUUUAAAUAUUGAUUUUGAACUAAAUGCUUUUCUUUAAUUACUUAAUUUUUUUUUUUCAGUGUGUAUCUAUAACAAAUGAAUUUUACAAUUAAUAAUGUGUUUAUCUUUCUCCUCUUCUCUCUCCAGGUGAUUUAUAAAUCAAUGAAAUUAAUUAAAUUUUUUAAUAAAUUUUUUUUUUUUUUUUUUUAAUUUUCCAAAUUUUUAUAAAUUUUUAACUUUUUGAUAAAUUAAUUUUUAUUUUUUGAAUUGCUAUACUUUAUAUUUAUAUAUAUUCAUAACCCAUCCUUAGAGUAUUUCUAUUAUGCAAGAAAUUUUUAAUCUAUUGAUCACUGCUUUUGGGAUGUAUUUGUGAAGGAAUAUAAGAUUUUAUAAUGUAUUUAUAAUAACCAAUAUACCACAUAAUAUGUUAGAAUUUCUUUAGUAUUUGGUUAUUUGGUUGUUUGUCCUUUAUAUAUUUUCCUUGUUUUAUAUAUUGCCCCUCUCUAUAUUGUCCCCUUUUAUAUUGCCUUUGUAUAAUUCCCCUUUUUUUUUUUUAUGGUUAUUAGUUUUCCAUUAUAUAUGUGUGGCUAAAAACAAACAAUAUAUCAUGUGUCAACUUCUUAUAUUAUUUAUACUGAUAUGAAUUGCAACAUUGUACAUAGACUUAAGGGUUAACGUGAUACUAAUGAAGACAGACAGAACAAGUAUAAAAAGAAGAUUGCAGACUCCAUGAUGCCAUCCUCUGAUGAAGUGAUCAAGAAUCACGAAACUAGUAAGGCGGCAUCUGCAAACCAAUACACAUCGGUCCUGAGAGUGAGCACCUCUGACACGCAUCCUGAGCCGCAGUGGAACGCACGCGGCUAGAAACCAGCAGCAUACAGCACGAGGAAAAUCCAAUUCACUUCUGUCCGGCCGGCAAGAAAGUGAUCUUUUGGGCUCGAGGUCUGUUAAACCUGGUACUGGUGCUAUCUUUUUUGUAACUCAUGUUUGGGACCCCCUUUUUUAUCAAUAGCUACAUGUGUGUGUAGCAUUUUUUAUCAUUCAAUAAACUUUAAAAAGUAUCUGUCUGCUGCAGUGGAUUUUAACCCUUGGAGGGGCUUGAUUCUAACUUUUUACACAUAUUUACUAGCCAUAUAUAUUGGAUUCAUAACUUAUUGGAACUUAUAUUAGAUUAAUUUCAGCAGUCCAUAGACUCUGCCUUCCUUAUCUAAUAGGUGGUGAUGACAGGACCAGCUGAUACAUUUGUAUUCGAAUAAGAGAGCAAACAUUAACAUUCAUUUAUUGUGAAGUGCUCUACACAUUUCCAUUUCCACUAAAUCCUAUGUAUUUUUAAUUGAUUUUUUCAAUUAGUGUGUUUUAUUUUGAUUGCUUAACCCCUGGUGGUGGUUAUUUUAUACUAGUGAUACAGUGGUUAUGGUAGCCGUAUCUAAUCUUUAUUUUUAAUCUUAGAAAGAUACUCUACCGAAUUUGUUUGGUGUAUAUCUACUAAGUUUUAUCAUAUUAGUGUUUACAUUACAGCCUAGGGACACUCCUCAGACAGCCACUAGAGGUGCUUCCUAAAGCAGUGAUAUGCACUAUGCAGCACUGACAUUCAAUGUCUCCACCCUCUGCAGGGAGACACUGAACUUUCCUCAUAGAGAUGCAUUGAUUCCAUGUAUCUCUAUGAGGAGAUGCUGAUUAAACAGGGUGGCAUCUGGCUUCACCACUAGCCCACCUCUUUAGCCGAGAUAAUCAGAAUUUACAAUCUCCGCUAAUCCAAUGCUUUCCUGCGGGAAAGCAUUGUGAUUGGCUAAGAUCAUCACUUCUGAUAUCAUCAGCCAAGGAGGCAGAUACAAGGCAGGGGCAGCACCAGCAUACUGGUAUAAAGUUAAGAGUUUACUAUAUUUAAGAGGGUAAGGGGGCAGGGGGUUUAGAUAGUGUUUUUAUCACUAUAGGGUCAGGAAUACAUGUUUGUGUACCUGACCCUGUAGUGUUCUUUUAAGUUAGGAUGAUUGUUAAUUGAGUGUUGAUGCCUUUUGCCAAAACAUUGGAUGUGAUUACUAGUGUUGAUCAUGUUGUCCAAGCCCUCAUCUUACCUAGAAGUGUUUUCAUUUGGAUAGUCAUUAUAGUAGAUAGUCAUCCAUCUAUGUAUAUUUACAAAUAUAUACAUAGUUGCUCUCUAUUUUUUUUUUUCUUUUGUGGAUAUUCAUGUAUAGAAAUGGACUGUAUUUAUUAGUCAUUUAUGUGUAUUUGGAGGUUAAUUGUAAAUAGUACAAUUGGAAUACUUUACGUUUUUGUAGAUUUUUAUUUGUAGUUAUCUGUCUGUCCUCCUCUAAUCAAAUCUACAUUAUUGAAUCCAUAUGGCAAGUAAUCCUGGCUGUUUUAGGAAUAAAAUGGGGUCCUACCUACGACUAAAUAGAUGCAGCUGAUAUGACCACUGAGAGUAUACCUGUUCAAGUGUAAAAACAUUUUAAUACAGUGUUUUUGUUUUGAUUUGUAAGGAAAAUAUAUGCUUUCAUCCUUGAGAAAUUUCCCCUGUUGAUAACUGUCCAGUAAUGUGUCAUCUAAUAGAAAAGUGUGAUCAUCAUAUGAAGGGAGGUGUAAUUACAUAUGUCUGAUGUAUUUGUUCUGCCUUUUCAGUGAACAUGAGUUGCCGUCACGCAGUGCUUUAGAGGAAAAGGUAAUUGGUCCUACACUCUAGUUUUUUUUUCCUCUUAUUUUUUUAUCAAAUGCUUUCUUUCUCUCCUUGUUUGCGCACUUUAAAGGAAAACUGUCAUAAUUUCUAUUAUUAUUGAAAAUAAUAGGCUAACAUUAUUAUUAUAAAAAAAAAAGUAAUAUUGCCUUUUGUAUGUAUGCAUAAAUAUAAGUAUGCAACUCUUUAAAGUGCUGAUCCUGGGUUAUCUUUACCCAGUGAGGGUAGCCAUCUUUAAACCUUCUUUGGUCAGAAGCAUUUCUUAUCUGUUCACACCGUGCAGUUAUCUUAGUUUUAUGGAUACUAGCGAAUGCCAGUCAUCUCAAAAUCACGCUUCAUUUCAAAUGAUGAUUGCUUCCACAGAGCAAGGUUAACCCAAAUGGCAAAAUAGUUUUACAAAUUGAACAGUAAUAAAAAAAAGUAAAAAAUAAAAAAAUUAUUUUACUUGAAAGUAUUUCUUCAUGAUUUUAAUUUAGUUUUCAUUUGCUAUACUUCUUUAAAAAUGUAUUUCUGUUCUGUUUUGUGUUGUGUUUACUUCUGUCUCACAUUACCCCAUUGAAGGGACACUAUAGUCACCAAAGCAGCUACAGCUUAAUGUAGUUGUUCUGGUUAGUAUAAUAGCUCCCUUCAGGCAUUUUCAUGUAAACACUGCCUUUUCAGAUAAAAGGCAGUGUUUACAUUGCCCCCUAGGGUCACCUCCAAGUGGCCACUCCUUAAGUGGCCACUGGAGGGGUUUCCUGGCUCAGGGCUGCAAAGUAAGCGUCCCCAGGUCUGCCGUGGGGACCCUGAAUUUUCCUCAUAGAGAUGCGUUGAUUCAAUGCAUCUCUAUGAGGAGGUGCUGAUUGGCCAAAAUGGUGUUUGGCCCUGCCCCCUUGCCAAUUUGAGCCAAUCCAAUGCUUUCCCCAUAGAAAAGUAUUGGAUUGGCUAAAAAUCGUCAAUUUUGAUGAUGUCACCAAGAGGGUGUGGCCAGCAUCGGGAAGACCCGUGGAGAUCUGAAAAUAAGGUGAAUUUUAACCCAUUCUGAGGGGGCUAAGGGUGGGGCAAGCCACCUAAAUGGUGGGUUUUCACUAUAGGGUUGGGAAUACAUGUUUGUGUUCCUGACCCUAUAGUGAAGAGUCACAUGAAUAAUUUUUUAAAGAUUAUGUUAUAGUUAUUUUGCUGUUCACCAUCAUUCAACAUGACUUCUUUUGAUACAGCAAAAACUACAGGAGAUUGAGCGUGUGGACAAAUGGCUGAAGAUGUUGAAGAAAUGGACCAAGUACAGAACCAGUGAGAAAGUAAGUUAAGGUUGUAUAAUACAUAUAUUCCUAGAGUAUGCAAUAGCUACUAAAUCUAUAACAAAAACUAUUGCAAUCAGAUCCAAACACCGUAAAUAAUGCUUCAAAAUUAGAGCAUAUCGAUGUGCCCUGCAUCCACACUUCUCACAUAAAAAAUACUAUUCUUAGAUCUGCGAGAAUGCAGUCAGAAAUAUUGUAUGAAGUUUCCUUUAUCCUCUACUAGUAAAAUGUAGGUUGAUCUGGCUAACUGGGUUUAUUUAGCAUCAUUCAUGCUACAUACAUUGUUGCCAAUGGGGAUAUAAUUGAUUCCAGAGCACUGUAUAAUUAGGUUACAAGAGGAUAAGUCAAACAAACUAAGCAAGUAGUUCUGACAAUGGAUCAAUAAUGCCUCGAUCCAAAGAAUCCCAUCUGUGAUACUGUACUGGUAAUUUAAUUAGAAAAGUAUGUGAAAGAGAGCACAAUAUGUAUAAUUAAAGCGCCUACAUAUUUGUGCAAAUUUAUUAGAUUGAAUUUUACUAAAUUAGUGGGUAUGUUUGAAUAUUUUUGUGUGUAUGUAGAUACAUAUGUGCAAGUAUGAAUUAACUUUGACAAUAUUGUUAUAUUUUGCCUCUUUUAUUAUGUUAUAUCUAAAGCUGCUAUAUUUGUAUUUUGUUCUUGUUUGUUUUAAUUUACAUUCCCAUUACUGUUAAAGAGGCUCUUUAUGCACCAUUCCAAACACAGUACACUAGAAUGGUUAUGGUGCCAACAUGCCUCUGGCUUUGUCCCCUGGAUAUUUGUCAUACCAUAUGAAAAACAAAAUGUCACAGCCUGGACCCACUCUUUGCAUAUUGCUUGUGUGGAUGUUGCAAAUGUCCUACUUUGGACAGCAUUCAUUGGCUGAGUGCAUUGCUCAGUCAAUGAUUCUGUCCAAACAUGGAGAAAUGCAUAUUCCUAAUGUGACAGACUACCUGGUCACCCAGGACUGAUACAUGUCUUCCAACCACCACCUCCCUCUAAAAAGGACUAUGAUCACCAUAUUUACCCCUCCAGCCCGUGUCUCCCAGCCCAGCGCCCUUUCCAGCGACCCAGGAGUCAACACAGACCGAAUGGACUUUUUUAGUAAUUUAUUUCUGUUCUGUGGAGACACUGCAACCCUCAACUCCUGAUCGGUUCUCUGAGUUGCCUCGGUCUGGUAAUAGCUUGUCCCAGGGUGCUCUGCCCCAGAGUCACCUAUCAGAACACUAUUUGAAAGGGGUAGUAGAUGAGGUGGUAAGGCAUCGAACGAUACCCAGGACUUGAAGUUCUAUGUAUCGACGGAAAGCACCACCAUUUUCGGUUACUGGGAUUUUUCACCAAGCGCUAUGGCACUCUGCGCUGGAUCGGAGGAUGGUCACAGCCUGGCGAAAACUUUACUUCCAGCUAACUCUGGAUCGCAACCUCCGAUCUGAUUGCUUUUUGGACAGUGUAGAUGCUCAGAAGAGAGUUUUCUAGUAUGGCAUUUGUUUAGGGAUGUGUGUACAGGAACCCCGUUUUUAUUAUAAAAUUAUUAAUCCAAGCCGAGGUGUGUGGACGCUAAUCAAAUUACCUUAUUUGGUACAGACUCCUAGGUGCCAGGUAUGUCGCAAUGUUCAUUGUUCUCCUGGACACCUCCUGUUGGAGACCAAGGUAUAAAAGUGUGCCAUUCAUUCAAUAAAACCAAUUAUAUUUCACCCUACACUAAGUCUUGGCUAGUGCUUGGGGUGAAUAUGCUAUAACGGCUAUAAACACUAUACUAUGUUCUCUGCACUAUAAUCACUGAGGGAAAGGGAGUGCUUGGUGGCAACACUCGGGUAGGUGCAAGUAGGCCACUACAUCUGGUGACAUCACUAAAUCAACCCUGAAAGUAUUGCUGGAGGUUUGUGGACAUAGCACCAGCAACAAGUCUAAGAGAGCACUAAUUGCCAAGCUCAUGGAUCUAGACCGGGCCAGCUCAGCGUCAUCUGCCUUCUUGGGGCCCUCACAGAAGUCGAAAUAAAUUAAAGAACUUUUUUUUUGCAGAAAUCAAAAAAUUGUUCACCAGUUUUAUUUGGUCGCACAAUCACCGAAUGCUACCGUUCAAAUUACUAACUGCACAUAAACACCAAGGGGGCGUGAGUCUCCCAGAUAUAGAAAUGUACUACAGAGUGGUCAUGCUUUCCAGAAUCUACCAAUGUGCACUCCUUACAAACCGCAAACAUUGGGUUACACUGGAGAAAGCAGCCUUCAUGCAUCAGCUGUGCACUAUUCCUUGGCAAAUGCAUGGUAGACUUUCUCUCAGACCAAUACACGCACACCACCCCACGAUUAUACCAACACUUAAAAUAUGGGGAAAUAUAGACCAUCAGUUGUGGCUGGCUGAGCUGCAAAGAAUGGGGCCCAAACUCUCCCUGCUGGAAAAGAGGAAGGUUCUAUUCACUGCUUUCAAAUUCAUUGCUUUCAAAUCCUUCAAGGAGAAUGAGGAGGAAAUAGAUGAGUCUCUGGCUGAUUUUGAGCACCAAUGCGCCCUACACAAGGUGCAUGAAGAAGAUUGGAUCUCAAUACUGGCCGGCAAUCUCACCGGAAAGUCAGUUGAUGUGUUCCAUGCAAUCCGUGUUUAGGAGAUCCAUAGCUGCGAGCGUGUGAAGGAAGCUUUGCUACCUCGUUACGCAAUCACACUGGAGUCGUACCACAGAAGAUUCAGGGAGCUCCGAAAGACUGAUUGGGGCUCUUACGCGAUUUCGCCUGCCGCCUACACAGUGCUGCCUCUCGCUGGGUAAGGUGAUGCCAGGCUACCACCACGGAUGACAUCUUGUAACUGGUACUCUUGCAGCAAUUCUUCAAUGUGGUCACACCAGAGGUCCGCGAGAGGUCACAUUACGCGAAGAGGCACAGUUAGCCGAUGAAUAUGCCAACUCCCAGAGCAAACACCGCCAACAAAUAGUGCUGAGGGGGAAUCUGCUACAGUAUCUAUAAACACUUUGCUAUGUUCUUUAACCUAAAUUAGAAAGGAUGUAAUGUCCCACUAGGGGACUGUGAUGUGGAUAAGGGAGCCUAGAUAGAGGGUAACCCUUAUAUAUAUUACAAAGUCAAAAAUAGGCAUGUCCAUGGAAACGUGGAUACAGGGAAGGUCCCUUAUGAUCUGAAAUAUCAGAGUGGAGAAUAAAAAUGAAAUAAAAUAAAUACGUUUAUUGUUCCAUUCUCUAAAAAACCAGGGGGAAACCAACAAACACCAACAAGAGCUUUAAGGGAGUGUGAGCUCUAUUAUAGAAAUCAGUAUGGGGAAAGAGAUAUAAAGAUCAACAGAAUGUUGUACAGGGAUAAUGUACACUGUUGGAAAGGAUAUUAUGUCCUGAUAGGUAUAAAUACCUAAGUUAGACAAUAACGUUACAGCUAAAUGAAGAGGGUACACUAGGGUGUGUGUGUGUGUGUGUGUGUGUGUGUGUGUAUAUGUAUGUAUGUGUAUAUAUAUAUGCACACACACACACACACACACACACACAGGGAUAACCUAUUAUACAGUGGUGAUACUGGAUUGAAAACUCGGACCCAGAAUCAGAAUAAACACCAUGUACAGUUGCAAGAAAAAGUAUGUGAACCCUUUGGAAUGAUAUGGAUUUCUGCACAAAUUGGUCAUAAAAUGUGAUCUGAUCAUCAUCUAAGUCACAACAAUAGACAAUCACAGUCGGCUUAAACUAAUAACACACAAAGAAAGAAAUGUUGCCAUGUUUUUAUUGAACACACCAUGUAAAAAUUCCCCUGGUUGGAUAGCGUGAGGAAAAGGGUGUACCUUGCAACUCCUCCCCUCCUUGAGCCCUGAUUGACCGCUGCGGGUUCGCACCUAAACCAAACAUUGGCCAAUCCGGAGAAAGAGUGCGAACCCGCAGCGGCCAAUCAAUUGAAUCCACCGGCCUAACCUUGUAACUCUUCCCCCUUCUUGAGUCCUGAGUUAGCCGUUGCGGGUUCGCACCCUAUCAGUUGAAUCCACUGGCCCAAACUUGUAACUCUUCCCCCUCCUUGAGCCCUGAUUGGCUGCUGCAGGUUCGUGCCCUUUCUCUGCAUUGGCCGCAGCUUGGUUUAGGCGUGAAAGUUGAAUCCAUCGGCCUAAGCCAAGUGAUCUCAUGGAACUAUUUUCAGGUAUGUACAGAGCCUCGAGCCCAGACUUUACACAGUGAUUUCCCAGGCUCGGUACAUACGAUCGCUCCAAUAUUUGCAGGGAGCAUAGCUCGGACCAGGAGCUAUCCAGGGAUGUAGGGCGUGUGGUGUAGGGCAUUACUGUGUUCUGUGUAUUUGGUGGGUUUUUGUGUGUUGGCUUCCUGUGUCUGGGAGAUACCAUUAUCUCCCAGACUCAGCGAUGCCAUGGUGGGUUUGUGUUUUACAUUACUGUGGAUGGAAACCCCAUGCGGGGGUCUGUGUAUAAAUACUGUGUAUCUGACCUUCAAUAAAGAGAUCCUGUUGUACCCUUCAUCAAGUCUCAGCUGAUGUUUGGGUAAUCAAGAGCUUUAAUCACUGCUUCGCUUGGGAUUUGGGAGACUUAUAACGUAGAUACUCGGUCGGAGUACAGGGGAUCCGUUACACUGGUGGCAAGUGUGGGAUGUUCUCCCUACCACCCUAACAUACCUAGCGGAACCGGUAGUGAAUGGACCCGCAAUACCACCCUGUGAAAUGGAGUACCUUGAAAGGGCUGCUUGAGGUCCGAGGACGUGUGGCUAGUAACAAAUCGAAAGCCACCCUUGUUGCAGAACUAAUGGAGAACGACAGGUCCAGCACCGCUUUGAACGGGGGUACGGAGGAGAACAAAUUCCAGAAAGAUGUGCGUUGGAGGCUAAAAUUCCUGGAUCCCAACCUGUCCCCAGAGAUGGCGAUGCAGGUGAUGGUUCAGGCUACGGAAGCCCUAAAGGCGAGAGACCCACGUUUCGGAGCUGUGAUCAGAGGUACCGCUCCCCUACCUGUACCGACGGUAGUUGCACCAGGGAAACUGAACUAUGCUGCCUUUAAAGCCUGUACAGAUGGAGAGGAGGAUAUUGACACCUAUCGCCAGGAUUUUGAAUGGCAAUGCGCCCUGGAAGGUCUGUAUCGGGCUAAAUGAGUUGCCAUCCUAAGCAGCAAGUUGUCUGGGCAAGCGGCCAAGGCAUACCGAACAGUGCCAGAUGGCGAAAUUCACCAAUAUCGAAAAGUUAAAGAAAGGCUGAUGACCUGUUGUGAUCCUGGAAGCCUACCGGAGGAGGUUCCGAGAUGUAAGGAAAGUACCUCAGAACUCAUACACAGAGUUUGCCUUCCGCAUGCAAUAGGCGGCCCAUAACUGGUUGCAAGGGUGCCAAGCGGUAACGCUGAAGGAUGCUGCCCAACUGAUCCUCUUAGAACAGUGCUUUAAACUUAUCGCACCCAAGGUCCGAGAUUGGGUCAAGGUCCGGAAACCCCUAACGGUGGAGGAAACACCCAGGCUGGCUGAGUAUCAUGACUGUCGAAGGCCGGAACCCCCUACUGGUCAUUCUGUCACUCGACCCAACAACCCGACCCCCACCCUGCUACCUACCCCUAGGCCAGCUCCACAGUGUUCCAUGGCUACUCUAGGAGAGCCACGGCACCCCCAUGCUGUGACGUGAAUGUAAGCAACCCAAGCAUUUCAAGAACUGCCCCCAACGAAACCGUAUGGAGUGGAACAGACUUCCCUCUAAUCAGCCACGAACCGCGACACACUGCAUGGAGGGGGACCGCCCCCUGGCAUGACCCAAACGCCACCCAGGAAAUUUGACCAGUGCUCCAUGAGGUGGACCUGGUACAAGCUGCGGAGGACAACUGGGAGCACGAUAGGCAGGUUGUCAAGGUUAAUGGGAGAAAGGCCCAGGGGCUAUGGGACACUGGGGCCACCUUGACUCUAGUCGAGCCAUGGAAAAGACCGGCCGGACUGUGACCGUUAGAGUCGCUGGCGGGGCCAUCCACCGAAUCCCAACCGCAUGGGUGCACCUCAACUGCGGCAACGGGGCUAAGUACAGGGAGGUCGGCCUCAUGCAAUAUAUCUGUUUUCUAUAUUACGUAUAUGUUACAAUACCUUACACUGGUAAGAUUUAGUGUAUAUAUAGUAACACAUUCAUUGUGAUAGUCCUCCUACACCUGAGCCCUCUACAGGGACACUUAUGUAUUGAUAUAUUUCUUUUCAAUUUCUCUGCCUAACCAUUAUCUCUAAACAUUUGGGGAUUUAAUUGGUUUGAGCAAAGUGACUACGCUAGCCUUAGAGACUUUUUACCUCCUAUUGCUAUAAGAAUGGCUGAUUGCCAUCCUAUAGGUCUCAUACUAUAUACUAGUUGCAAUAAGGAUCGUUUAAAUAGUAUCUACAUACUUGACAACUUGCUCCUGACAUAGCUAUUGAGACUAUCAGUGGCUGUUCAAUAAGCAAGAUUUGUUUAUUAUACAUAUGCAGAUACAUAUUUUCUCUGGAUCAGUGUGUCUAAGAUCAAUUUCACAUAGACAUAUAUGAAUAUCGUACCUAGCAUAUAUUUGUUUCUGUCUCUGCUUGUUUAUAGGUUCUAUUCUUAUAUUGUUAUGAUUGCUUUGAAUGCCAUCCUCUUCCAAUAUGUUUCAAACCCUUUGCACCCGUGAACGAUUGCGGACUAGUGUCCUAGACCGGGUUACUAUGACAACCCAUAUACAAAUACGCCCCCUUGCUUUCCUGCUAUCUCUAAGCGAACUGCUGGAACGCACGCAGACUGCUGCAAUACUAUCCAGUACCGGGUCAAUUCUACCCGCCGAAAUUAGCGAUCAGCUACGGCAGUCAAUGUUUCUUUGUGAUUAUGUUCGUUAUAUAUUCACUGGUUAUGGAACCUGCACCUUAUCCUGACGAAAGUUCCGACUGGGAACUGAAACGUUGUUUCACUAUGGCAUACUACUGAAUAAAAGCUAAGUUGAUACUUUUUUCAUCUUACUAACAAGUCCUUGGAGUGCUGUCUAUAAUUUGUUGUAAUUUUGCUGACAAGCACCUGGCUAAUUUUAUUGCUCAUACUGGAGUGCAAGCAUUGGAUAUUUUAUUUAUUUAUAUAUAUAUAUAUAUAUAUAUAUAUAUAAAUAUAAUAUAUUGUGCUCUUGUUUAUAUACUUUAUUAUAAGUGUCAAUAAAAAUACACAAAGCUUACCUGUGGGAGAAUUCUAGUAAGCUUGGAGCUAAUACAUAACUGAAGUGUGUUUAAACCCGGAUUAAUUGUAUACCUCAAAGUAGUAGUCUGGGGCUAAUGGUUGAUCAGUCAUCAUACUGAAGCAGCUUUAUACUGUGCUUUAACCUUUAAUUUAUUGUGCACUAUGACUCCCAUGAUUGCACCUAUGUGUUACAUGUAGAUGUAUAAACCUUGGUGUUUAUUCUUGUAGAUGUUCCGCAGAGUAUACAAAGGAAUCCCUCUUCAAGUAAGAGGUCAGGUUUGGUCACUGCUUUUGGAUGUUGAUGCAAUGAAGUCUGUGAACGAAGGAAAAUAUGAGGUAUGAUUAUGAUUUUAACUAUCUUUACUUAAUUUUACCAAUUGAUAUUCAGCGUGACAGAAAAUGCAGAAAUAUUCAGAUAUAUAAUAUCUAAAUAAUGGGUCUGCAUUGUAUGUGUUUCACUUUGAAGUAUUGCAAUUUAAAACAAAAAAUGUAUAAAUUCCAAUAAUCCUUUCUGUAGAAGGUGAUUAAUAGGAAAAGAGCCCAAUCUAAUUAGUAAGCAGCCGUACGAAACAACCAAAAAUCUUUAUUACAUAUCAGCUAAAAGCCGCUAUUGGGGAGAGCUCUCUUCUACAGAGAUAAGAAUAAAACUGGAUUGAUAGAUAGAUAGAUAGAUAUCCUGAUAAAUGGGCAGGUAAUACUCUAUGAGGGAGGGUAGGUAGUAGCCAGCUCAUGUCUGAAUAAAAAGAAAGGUCCUACCUAAAAUAGAGUCUCCAGAUGCUGCGCUAAGGAUCCACUUUAAACCAUAAUCUACCCCUUAAGACUACCUCCAAGCUGGUUUUAGUCCAACUUGUGCCAUUACAGAGAAAACAUAUCUGAAGCAUAUCAGACUGGUCCCACCCGUAUGGGCAGUCCAGAUCUGAAAUGCCAGCAAGUUCCCUCUGCACGUGAGAUACGGCAACCCCUGACGAUCGUUUCAACCUUGUAAGGUAUUAUCGGUGAGGUAUAGGCCUCUAGGCACUGUGAGAAAGGGGUCCACGUCUGGAUUGCUCUUUAAACUUAAGGAGAGAAAAAUAAGUAGCAAGAGAGGUGAAAAUGGACAACAGCUCAAUUAGCCUGGCCUUCGGUGUUGGUCUUUUUGUAACUCCUUUGUUGCAAAACUCAUAAUAAGGAUUCCUUUUUUGCAUUUUAGUUAUUCUUAGAUCUCAAACUAUUACCUACAAUUUUUUUUCAUUUUUUUUUUUUUUUGGCUGAUAUUAAAGAGAUUUUGUUAUAUUUUAAUUAUUUUCUACAUGUUUAGAUUGUUAUGCCCUGACAUCUCAAUGUUCAUCUUAAGGCAAAAGUAAACCUUUAAUGUAAAUCCACUUACUUUUUCCUCAAUUGUUUUCUUAUCUUCAACAAACUGCAUGUGAAACCACCUACAACUACCUAUGUUGGAAACUCCCCUCGUGACUGUUGAAGGCAGAUUUUCCAACUCUGUAGAUGAGUUGAAUUUCAUUUCAACAUACAUAACCUUCAUGGGAGUUUGCCACAAAAUGCCCAAUGAUUUCAAUAAGUAUUGAAAGGCUUGCAACUGACUAAAACAGGAGGAAUCUUAGCAGGGAAGGGCUGACAACUUUUGGCCUGGAAGGCAAUGGCAAAAGAAUAUACUUAUUUGCCCACAAAACUCACAGAACGUCUUUGCAGAUGGUUCUACACACACUGUGCAUGGGUUUGACUGGGAUAGAGGCUGUUGGAGUUAUGAUGUGUGACAUAGUACAUUGCUGUAACCUUCAUCGGUAAGGCCUGUUCAGCAUGCAAGUGCAUUCAUAGAGAUAUGUAAUACAGACUGUUUCCAAUAAGUCCACAUCUACAUCAUGCGUACUUAGUCUGGCAGCAUGGUCAGCCCCAGAUGGACUACCACAGGCCUGGAGAGCAUAGUGAAAGCAUAAAUCCACACAAGACUGAGCUUUUACAUAGCAGAAAGCAAAAGCUAUGUAGAAGUUCUAUCUGCUAACUUACUCCUCUAAUUCUCUGCCAACCUUCCAUAACAUCUUUCACUGAUUUUAAUCUGCAGAAGAGCUGUGUUGUGCAGCUGCAGCCCACAAGACUUGUAUGCAGGACUAAACAUAAAGCAACAUAGGCGGCUGCCUAGGUCCCAGGGGUUUGAAAGGGGACUUGGUAAAUGGGGCAAUGCAAAUUCAUGAUUCCAUCUCUGUGUGAAGAAUGAAGUGGGAGCCCAAACUGAUGUUAUGCCUAGAGCUCUAUCAUAAUCUUUCUCUGAAGCAUGUUACAUGGGUCACAACGGCCAUCUAUCCCCUUUCGCAAAUCCAAAGUAGCAUUGACAUAAAUAUUUUUCUAUACACAUGCUGUUUCACACAACCAAUUGCUUCCGUUAUGUUAUGAGUAUACUAUAAAAACUUCCAAAUAUAGAAAUGUUAUAGUUCCUCUUUUCAUGGAAUAUAUUUUGCUAUACGUAGUAACCUUGGCUACUUAAAGAGGAUCUGCCAUAUUACAAUAAGUUUAUUUUUGAUUAUUGAAACCAGUAGUGUAUUUAAAGCAGCACUGAACAACCAGUGUUUCAUAAAAAUAGAAUCCUUAUGAAAUACUAAUUUUGACAGUGUUGGAUUUUCACUGAAAUUUCCAACCCAGUCAUGAGAUAUACUGAGGCAAAGUAGGGACUACUUUUGUCUCUGUGUAUUUCCUUCGCCUGUCAAUUCUAGACACUGGGCAAAGCUACUGCCGUCUAGAAGUACCAAUCCACCCAGCCGGCACCAAAGAUGGAUGCAGGGAAUUGGCUCGGUCUAUGGACCCCGGAUCCUCCAUAGGUCUGGUGACUGCAUUUUCUGAACUUUGUCCAGACCUGAAAGUGGGUCAGUCAAGCGUGAUGGUCCCUUAACUUUCUAUGGCAAAGCUUAGUUAAUUUAUCCUAUUAAUAACUAUACAGCAGGAAUUUCUGUAAAUUGUAUUUCCCAGUUUUCUGCACAGAAAGGUAACAGUCGAACUACAGUUCCCUAAAGCUUUUGGUAUACAUCAUGUACAGCUGUAUUAUUUAAGCAAUAAGUCGAGCACUGCAGAGUUGAAGAGGCUGUGGACGGAAAGAGUGUGAUUGUGGGGCAAAAUGAAUAAAAAGUAAAUAAAUAAAUAAUAAAAAUCAUUGUUAUGUAUUCCGAGGGGAGAAAAAGCAACACAUUUAUAGCAGUGAUAGUGAUACACCUUGAAAGCAGUUCUGAUUUGGUUUUAUAUUUGGACUGUUCUAAAACAGAAAAUGAAAGAUCUGGCCAAGACAUACUCAGCAGAAAUAAAGCAGAUUGACUUGGAUGUGAACCGAACAUUCCGUAACCACAUCAUGUUCCGAGAACGCUAUGGAGUCAAGUAAGUGAUGUGCAUAUAGCAUUGCCAUUCAAGUUUUAUCUAUUUUUUAACCAUAUGUGAUAAAUGGGAAGCAAUCUGUACAAACAGGAGUGCUCCAUAUUUAGUGUUUUAAAGUGACACUCUAGGUACUACUUCCAUUUCAUCCCAUUGAAGUGGUUAGAGUGCAUGGUAUUCCCUGGCAUUGUCACUCAAAUCAGUUUUAAACUGUUUUCAAAGAUUGUAACACUGAAUUAGGAUCCUGGCAGCCCACAACCCAACUUCCACUGGAGGUAUUGCUAAGGCAAAGUUUACAAUCUUUUUAAAGUGCACUAUACCAAUAGUGCUAGUGCCAUAAUGUGCAAAUAAUACAACAAAGUGGUAUGAUUAAUUGUGCAAAAACAGUGUUAAGUGCAACAAUCCACUUAAAUCAGUAUAUAUUCACCCCCCGGUACAAUCAAAGCAUCGCUGGAAACCUCACAAGUAAGAGGGCGUCCAGGAGGGAAGUUUCACCAGAGAGCCCUUCACAAAAUAAUCCCCAAAACAACAAUAAAACAAACCCAACCCCCACACACCAUACAUCCUCAGAUAGGUUUGAUCCAAACAACAUAGCGUUCGCACCAAUUGUCAGUCAACUAACGGAAGCUCCUGUGGCUUCCCCUGGCUCUCAGGAAGUGAUUGUCCAGCAUAGACUAUUGUACCUCCAGUGAGCACUCUCCUAGCACUCUGAGAAUUAGGUGAGAUCAAGGGGUAAGGCCAAGCCUGAGUUCUAAGAGAAUAUGGCCAUGUCCCGCUAGUGUCCUUUUUGUUCCCUCCGACUCCCCCAAAUCGUCAGCAGGCAAAGUGGAAAGUAGCAUUUCGGUGUGUAAAAUGGAAGAGAAGGCAGAGAGAGCCAAGGACACAAAGGCCCUGGAAUCAGGUAAGUGAAAAGGGGUUUUUAACCAUUUCUGCGCCACAGUGGGAGCACUAUACGGAGCUAUAGUGCCAGGAAAAUAACUUUUUUUUUAUUUUUUUUCUGGCACUGUAGUUUCCUUUUAACAGGUCAUCUCAUUGAACUGGUUAUAGUGACUGGAGUCCCCUGGUGCAUUCCCUCGAGCAAGUGUUAAACUGUACUCCGGCUGCUCACACCCAUGCCCCCACUGGAGGUAUGGCUAAGGCAGAGAUUACACUCUUCCCUAGUCAUACCUGCAAUGGUAGCUGCUUUAGGCUGAGAGCAGUCAGCUGAGGGGCUACAAUGCUGGGUACCUCUCAUUUAGUGUUAAAUCAUUCAAAAUCAGCUUAACACUGCACUGAUGUACAGCAUUGGGGAACUCCAGGCACUACAACCAAUUCUAUAACAUUUUUGCAAAUCCCACUUAUGCUGAGAUUUUGAUUUAAUAGAAUAUCUUUUUAAAAUCUAAACAAAGAAAAUAUUGUGACUCAAACAUAAAUUCUAAUAUACCCAAUACCUAAAAUUUUGUACUCAUUAAGUUCAAGCAAUGCAAUCAAUGUGCGCACUACAAAAUAGAAAAUGGUGCAAUGCAUUGUAUAAAUAUGCUUCUCAUUUUAAGAAACCUUUUGUCUUCAUAACUGAUAUUUGCCAUGUAAUUCCUUAACAGGCAGAGGGCGUUAUUUGAUGUUCUAUCCGCUUAUUCUGUGUACAAUACGGUGAGUUCCACUGAUGUGUGAGUAUGCAGAUUUUCUAAUAAGUGUGCUUGACACUGUACUUAUAUGUCCCUCAUCUAUUAGUUUAUUGGGUUUGAAUACAAGACACAUUGAUCUUGGCUGGGAGGACAUCCAAUUUACUGUUCUAUCAAUAGUUUAUUUUCAAUGUCUGAUUGCAGCCUGUUCUAAAGUGCAACUUUUCAAAACCGCCAUUUAGGCUUUCCCAGGGCUGCUUACAUUUUGACUUAUAGGAGCUUUCAUCAUCAACAUAAGUGGAUCAUUCUGUGCUUCUGUCAUUCAUUACAGGAGGUUAGUUACUGCCAAGGAAUGAGCCAGAUUGCAGCUGUGCUGCUUAUGUACCUAAACGAGGAAGACGCCUUCUGGGCUCUAGCACAGUUGUUGACCAAUCAGAGACAUGCAAUGCAUGGUAAGUCAUGGCCUGUUUAUUGGCUUUGCAUUACAUUUUAAUCAUAAAGAGCUGGCAUUUAAUACACAACUUGGUUCUAAAACCAGCAUCAGUAUCUAAUAUCUAGGUAUAUGGAAAUUCUGCUUGCACGACAUCUGCCCGUAAGUGGAAGCAUUCUAAACCCUGACGCCAAUUCUCAACAUAGAACAAUAUUUUGUUGGUCUUGCAUGACAAUUCUUACUCUGCCCAUGGAAGGAGUCAGGUUAAAUCUUUCUAUUUUGUAUUAAAGGGGCACUGUCAUGCCAAACUUACCUUUCCCUAAUCUCUUCCUCUGUCAGGAUCUGUUCUUUAUUUCUUCCAGUCUGCAUUAGUUUUCUUUAAAACAAAAGACAAAGUAGGGACUAUCUUGUCUUAUGUAUAUUUCCUACGCAUGACCAGCGGAGGAGCAAAGUGUGCUCCAUUUCCUGUGGUCAGAGCAAUUUCCCACAAUUCUCAUCUUUCCUCCAUGAUAUAGUGAUGCCUCCUUUCACUAUUCCCGAACAUCCUGUUAUUUAGACAGAACGCUGGCGAAACUACCGAAUUUUGCCCUAACAGAAUGAGAACAGUUUGUUCAUUCAUGUUAGGACUAGAGUCAAUACUUUUAGGACGGUUCGAAAUUUAAUUUGAAUGCAUGAAAUUCCAAUAUGAUCCGUGCUGUGGCUGCAACUUCCAGCCGCUUAGUAGAUAGCUCCCUAAUUCCAACGGUAACAGGCAGCUAUCUACCAAAAGGCUGAAAGACCAAGAUUGGUCUUUCAGCCAACUUUACUAAUUUUAAGUAAAGAUUACUUGGUAUUAGUAAUUAAUCUGCCCCUACUCUCUCUAUCGUGAGUAGGGGCAUGUUAAGUAAACAGUGAGCAGCCUGUUGUAAAAAAUAGAAAAUUAAUAAAUAAAGCACCCCCCCAUAAAUGGCUUCAUGGAGGGCAUCUCUUCACUAGCGGGCAGGGGGGACAGGGGUGUCUUCCCGAGCCCCCACCCGUGCCAUGUGAGUGGGGGCUAUUCAACUAAACGGGGAACGAAGGAUCCCCCUUGGCCCCCACCCAAGAGCGGCGGGUGAGGCCCUAAAGGACAAUGGGGGGGACCUAUUGUCCUCCCUCCAGCCCCCACACAUGAGCGGCAGUUGGGUGCUCUAAAUGACUAUGGGGGCGGUGACCUAUUAUCCUCACCACCCAUGAGCGGCAGGUGGGGGCCCUAAAAGUCACUGGAGGGGGAACUAUGGGGACCCAUGAGUGGUGGGUCGGGGCCCUAAAUGAAAAGGGGGGAACCUAUUGUCCCCCCGGCCCCCAUCCAUGUGGGGGCCCUAAAAAACAAUAGGUAGGUGGGACCUAUUGUCCUCCCCCCAGCCCAUACCCAUGGGUGACAUGUGGGGACUAAAUGUAAAAAUACCACCCCCAACCCAAAUUUUCGUUUUAAAUAAAGUCUCCCUAUCACCCUCACCUUAAAAAUAGUGAGGGGGGAGACAAAUCUAAAUACCUGUAAUUAAUAAAAAAUAACUUACCAUUUGUGGGUUAGGUGGGACUUGGGGACCCCUAGUCACCCCUAGGUGGUUUAUUUUUACAUUUAGCCUCCAUCCGUUGCCCGUUCGUAGGGGCCGGGGGGGGAAUAGGUCCCCCCAUUUACAUUUAGGGCCCCCACCCCCCGCUCAUGGGCGGGGGCCAGGGGGAACAAUAGGUGUUUCCCCCCCCCUUCCUCAUCGUCUUUUUGGCCCCUACCAACCGCUCAUAGUUGGAGGUCAAGGGGGACCCUAUGUUCCCCAUUUAGUUGCAUAGCCCCCACUCGCGGGGCUAGGGGUGGACAAUAUGUCUUCCGCUAGUUAAUAGAUGUCCCACUAUGGGGCCAUUUGUUCGAAGGGUGGGGGCACUGAGGUUGCUCACUGUUUAGUAGACAUACCCCUACUUGCAGCAUAGCGAUGAGAUUUUUUUUUUUCCAUUCGGCUAUUUACUUUGAAUUUCUGACCAUUCUCGCUGUAGUAAAUAGCACUGUUGAUGUUUUUCCGUUAUUGUUCAUGUGUAUGGGCUUUUUGUACCUAGCAAGACUCACAAUACAGUUCUACAGAAACAAACUUUGUGCUGAUGAUACCUGUUAAUGUUGAAACAUACUGUUCACAAGUGAGUUCUUUUUCACUACAUGUGUAAGCCAUGCUGUGGAAACAUGACUGCUGACUUGUCUGGAAUAUGUGGCGGUGCACAGUCCUUACUUUACUUACAGGAGAGGAUAUUCCUUUACUUUUUGACUUGCUUCAACUGGUCUGCAUUUGUUGAUUCAUACAAGAGUGACAUCUGGUGGCAAAUGCAGGCACUGUGUAUUGCCAAAGAAUGAUCUAUUUCCAAUUAAGGUAUUUAAUGGUUUAUGCCAGGCUGUGUCCUCUUUAAUCAUGCAGGACUAUAGUUUAUUGCAGUGCAUUAUGGGAGCUGUAAUCCAGCAGCCUUUUGGGGAUGUUUCAUAUUACACUCUUGGUUUAUGCAUUUAAACAUGUAGCCUUCACGUAAAAUAAUAUAUUGCUCUGUUUUGAGAUUGUAUUUUUUUUUUUUUUUUUUGAAGGCUUUUUCAUCCCCGGUUUUCCAAAGCUCCAGAGAUUUCAGAGUCAUCACGAACAGAUUCUUAGCAAGGUGUUUCCCAAGCUGAAGAAGCACAUGGUAACACAUAUUUUAUUUCAAAUUAUCAAACUACUAAAAGCAAAAUCUAGAUAAUUAUGCGCUGUUAAUAACCACUCCAGUACACAAUUUUAAAGCUGCUAGCAAUAAAAUAGUUUCUCCCAAAACUAUACACAAAUCAAACAUACAAUAAAUGCCAGCACUAAUAAUGAUGGAAUGAAUAGGUUAAAAACCUAUGUAGUCUCUUGGUGGUUCGCAAUGUAAUGUUAACUGUAACUUAAUGUCAAUAUAUUGAAUUCUGCAACAGCACUUUAACUUCAUAAAUUCUCUGGCAACAGUAUCUCUUCUGCCUUAUUAGUUCAAUUAUAAAAUCCUCCAUUGGUGUUAUUGCUUGCAGAUACCACAAACAAUGUUACUUAUCACUAAGAUCCACAGGUUUCAUUAGACACACAAUGCUUAGACAGGGUUACCGUUCUGGCAGUGUUUCAGUUCUUCAGAUAAGCCGUAAAGGAAUGAAGCCUCUUGGCAGACACGGAUUCUCCCCAGCGCUUACAAGCAUUUUUGCAAAAAUCAAAGGUUCAUGCAUUUCACCCACCUUAUAGUUAAACUAAUAAGGCAGUAGGGAUACUGUUGCCAUUGACUUUAUAAAACUGAAAAGCUGUUGUUGCUAUUUGUGGAAGUUAGUAUAUUGCACACUGUGACAUUGUUACAGUUUAUAUUAUAUGGACCCCCAGUAGACUACAGUCUUUAUUUCAUCACAAAAGAUAAUAUCUUAAUGUGUUUGUCACUAGGAAAAUAUAAAAUUAUGUUUGUAUGAAUUUUCAUGUGUAAUUUAUGUAAUCGUUGGUAUUCUUUCCCUUUCAUUUGUCUGCAUUUCUUUCUAGCAUACACAUUUCCUCUACCCCCUAUCUUUCUAUCUUUCUUCCAUGCUGCUUGAAUUCCCUGCUUUGCUUCCAACUCUAUGCUUUCUCAUGCCUGUCUACCUUUUCCAAUCUGUCUUUGUAUCCUACCCUUUUGCUUCUUCUUUUUCCCAUCAUUUCUCUGUCCUAUUUUCCUUCUUGGUCCCAUCCAUCGUACCACUUUUGUCUGUUUUACCUUCACUCCUGCAAUAUUAUAUCCCCCUACCAACUUCAUCUCAUUGAUUUUGUUAUGUAGGCUGAAGGUCCUGGGCACCAUCAUACCUCAUGGGGUUGUUUUCCUCCCUGUGUCAUCUGCUCUGCCCCUUGCUCUCCUCCACUUCCGGAACUAGUAAGAAAGAUUUAGCCUUGGGCGCCAGUGAUGGGCUGAGAGCUUCUACUGAAGCCUGUAUGCAUGUUUCUAAACCAUUCCACCCAAUGGGCGACCAUUGAUGGACUGAGUAUCACUGUAUGAUAUUUGCCUAUUACCACAGCGCCAAAGCAAAAUCCUUCAUACUUGGGCCAGAGGAGGAAACCUGUCAGGAUUACUGUUUGAUCCAGCACGUAGAACUGUAUAGCACGGAUGACAAAUAAGUAACGUAUUACCGGUCCUUAGAAUGGCCGGAUUUAACGUACAUAGAAUAGUCAUAAAUACUAGCCGAGGUCAGGGAACACAGAAAGGGACGCAGCGAUGAGGAAAGCCAGAAGUCAGGAUACCAGAAUAUAGAGAAAUCAAUAAACAAAGCCAAAGUCAAAAACCAGGUAGAAAACUAUAAACAGGAAUGCGCUCUCGGACACCCACAAGUGAAACCACGACAGGGCACUGAGCAGGAUGAGAACUGGGCCUAAAUACCCUUACCUCUAGAUCUGAUAGGCUGUAACCGGCCUUUGACCCCAAAGUCAGUUACCAGGUUUCAUUUGCAUAAUUGCUGCUCAGCAUUAACCCUUCUGUGGAUUAGGUUGCUGCUCGGCACAACUUUUCCUGUGUGGACAGUAAAUGUCAUUAACCACAUUUUUAUAAGCGGAUGAAUACGUGACAAAACCAAGACAUGAGGACAACUUAGUGUUAAUAUGUUGGAAAAUUUAACCACACAAGGCAAAAUGACAACCAGAGCCUCCAGAUGAAGUUGUUCUGGUACUAUAGUGUUCCUUAUGUUCUCAUUGUGUUACUUUUACCCAUCAUUCUGUCCAUCCCCUUGUUUGUGUCCCACUUUCAUCUAACCUUCCUCAGUGGAAAUGUCUCAUCUCCAUUGUGAGUACCGUUCAUGACCUCUGUCUGCUUCAUCUUGCCUUGCAUGCCAUCUAGAUUGUAUUGUAAGACAAUGAAAUGGCUCAGAUCCAGGCUUUCCCAUUAAUUAUUCUCCACUAAACUCUUUGUUUACCUUUGUCCUAUACUGAUAUGUAAUUUAUUUCCAUAGGACAAGGAGGACAUGUCAACUGGUAUUUAUACAACAAAAUGGUUCUUACAGUGUUUUUUGGACAGAGUAAGUACACAUACCUCGCAAUCCUUUUUUUAUAAUGACCUAUUCUCAACCCUGAAUAUUUGAGAUAUCUAUUGCUUUCCCUAACGCCCAAAACUCUAAAUCUACCAACUAUGGUAAAUAUUUUCUCUUUGUAUUAGAAUGAACCAGUAAGGAACCUUCUUUAUAAACAAGAUAAAUAAAAACAUCCUCCUCUACCUUCUAAAGGGUAGACUUUUAAGAGAAACAUCACAGGGCAUGAAUGAUAGAAAUGCUUUGUGUUAUCUCUGAGUGGUGCAAAACAAACACAUUUGCUCUGUGAUGUGAAUAAUAUGGAAAUGACCGAAAUCCUAUAUCUUGUAAAGUUCUACAACUGCUUUAUUUUUAUUUUUUUUACUUGGAGAUAAUUACCUUUUUCAGGGUUCUUAACUAAAGUGUGAAUUUCCUGGAAUUGAAAAUGAAGUCCAAAUUCAGGACAAAAUAGAUAAAUAAGAAAACAGUUUCAAAAUCUUUUCUGAUUUUAGUUAUGACAUUUGAUGCUUUGAACUUGACUUAUUUAAAAUUCCCAGCAGUUCUCACCCUGUUUGGUGUCAUUUAGCAUUGCCUCACCAUUUACAGCAUUAGCCAAAUCUACAAGCAGGCUGAAAAAUAUUUGACCAACUAAUGUUGAUUAGUGGUCAGGGGAUUUUAACAACUCUUCACCAACUCUGGCUAGGGUAUAAAUUAAUUUUGAAAGAAACAAAACACUUCAACCAUCAAAGCUGGAUUAAAAGUGCAAAUAACAGAUAAACUAGUUCCCCCAAUAUGCCUCAACAGGUGGCAUUCUAGCUUUAAUAAUAGUGCAUUUAUGAAAGAAGAAAAAAGUAAAAUCACACAUUUUCAUUGUAUUGUUUUCAUUUUGGGAUGUAUCGGUCUUAAACGACCACUAAAUUUACGCAGGCCACUUCAUCUCAAUUGAGGGGCAUGUGUAUAGUGGUCCUGUCAAUUUAACACUUCAAUGUAAAAACAUUGCCAUUUGCAGAUCCGGUAAUAUGUACCUUGAAUCAUUAAGCACACCUCCAGUGACAAUGAGAGUCACUAGAGGAGCUUCUGUUGAACUGACCAAAUAAAACUUGGUCACAUGAGAUGGGAGCCCUAAUAGGAAAGCAUUGAUGUAGUGUAUUCCUAUGAGAAUGCUUGAAAGCGUACGCGGCACUUGCUGCACCUCAGUUCCGAGUGCUCCUCUAGGAGGAGCAUUGGAUUGGAUCAUGUCAAAGGAGACCAUGCCUCCUCUUUGAUAUUGUGGGAGGUGAGCAGAACAAGGGAGACUCCACACUGGAAAAGGUAAGUGAAAAAAAAAAAGUGAAUCUACUAUGGGACACACGUGGGGGCUUGUAUAACUAGGGACAGGGGCACUAAAACGUUGGGAAUGCUGGUUUGUAUUCCUUACACUUUUGGUGUUCCUUUAUGGCUUAGGAUUUUCCUUGUUUGUUACUAGUGGGGGGUUAGAUUUUUUUUAUUUAUUUUUUAACAGCACAAGUACCUGCUUGAAAGACAUUGAAUUUUGGUGACCGUACUUAUGAUUGAACAAAGUCACUUUAUUCUACCUAAGUGUGGAUAUUUGAAAUGGCUACAGAGUUUUUAUCUAUUUUAUUCCUUUUUGUAUUCUCUUUAGACACCAUUUACUCUAACCUUGAGACUAUGGGACAUCUAUAUCCUGGAAGGGGAAAGAGUGUUACCUGCUAUGGCUUACACUAUAUUGAAACUGCACAAAAGUAAGAUAUAUCUAUAUCUCUAAAAUAUAUUUAUCGUUCUAACAUACUUGGAAAAUGCAUAAUACUCACAUUAUUAUAUAAAUGCAGUGGCAAAUGAGUGGAAGUAGAGGCUUGGUAAAAUGGGAAAUGCCUUUAUUUAUUUUUGCUGUGCUAUAGACAUGCUGACAGUAAGUGGAGCAUACACGUUUAGCUAGUUAUGCUCACAACUCUGCUGUUUAUGAUGUGUGAUUUGCUAAUUCUAACACAGAGUACAGCAAGAGCAUAGAGGAACCAGCGCUAAUCAGAAUUGGCCUAAGAACAGCUUUAUGCACUGCCUCACAAUUAACUAAGUUCUAGGAGUGUGGUCUCCCACUGCUGGCACCCAGAAAGGGACCUCAUAAUAGUUUUAAAAUUCAAAGGGAAACUAGGGAAGCCCUCUUUUUGAUCAAGACAAUGGAAAAUGUGAGGUGGGUGAGUGAGUGAUCACUCAAGGGAAGGAAAGGGAGAAGAGAAGAGAGGAAGGGAAUAUAAAUAAGAGGGAGAAUAGGAGCCAGAAGGGGACUAAAGAAAGAAAAAACAGUCCCCGAGGGGUGGAAACCCUAGACUCGAGUCCAGACUAGUAAAAGAUCUUAAGAAGCUGGAUAAAGUUUUAUAAUGGGACUGGGAUAUAUUCUACAAGAGCGUGAAAAACUGAGAUGAAGUUUUAGGAGUGACACGAUACUGUUCAAGUUCUCACGUUUAUCAGAAGGGCUCUACCAAAUUAUUUACUGAUCGUAGUAAACAACGAUAAUAUACGGUCAAGAGAAAGCAGUUAUACACUGGAGAACUUGAGAUGAAAGAACAAAUUGUUAAGAAUAUAUUCUUCUCUCUUUUCUUUGCCAAGGAAGAUUUGGUUUAUAUAUUUUGGUUUAUUUUUUAAUUGAUUAACGUCUUCAAGCUAAUUUGAAUAGAGAAAGAGAGAAGAAAAGGCAGAAGGCAGAAAAGAUACACUUUUUGGGACACUAUUGUUUUUUUAUUAUUAUUAUUAUCACUAGUGACUUAACUAUUUAUUGCUGACUUGUUAUAUUAUUAUUAUUUUUUAUUUUAUUUUUAUUUCUUGGGGCUCUCCCUCCCUCCUUCACUCCAAUAUAGAGUGGAGGCGGAGGAGAAAGACUUUAUGUUUAAAUACAAGUUUUGGGUUUUUUUCUCCUCUCUCCUGGGUCUCUCUCUCCCUCCUUCAAUCUUGUAUAGAGUGGAGGCGGAAAAGACAGACUUAUGGUUUAAAUACAAGUUUGUUUGUUUUGUUUUUUGUGUGCCCUCUACUCCUCUUUCUUCUCUAUUAAGGUUUGAGAGGGAAGAAGGAUCACAUAUAUUGCUAUAUAUACAUAUAUUACUAUUUCGUGCAUCCAGAAAUCUUUGCUCUUUUGAUCUCUAAAAAACAUGCCUCCCAAAAAACCUCCAUCUGCAGGAAAUCCCAAAAAGAAUAAAUAUGUAAAUGCAUAUUACUCUCCCAAAUCAGAAUCAAGUAAAUCUCAAUUUUUCAGAAGUUCUAUAUCCCCCCUCUUUCGGAGGAAGCUCAGGGAAAAAAAUUACCCCCAAAAUCUGCUCCAGAGUCAAUAACGAACCUAAGCCUUACAAAGAUGAUGGAUGAUCUUUGUGAAAAGAUUAAAAAAGAUUUAAAACAAAAUCUAGCAGAAGUAAUUAAAGAGAUGUAUAUCCUCAAUUCUAAAUUGAUAGAGCAGAAUAGUGAAGUUGAAAAAGCACGCAUAGUGGUUACUCACCUUCAGUCUCAGAAUACAUCCCUAAAAAAAUCCACUAAAGGAGAUGGAUAACAAAUUACCCUGUUAGAAGACAGAUCUCGUUGAAACAAUGUAAGACUUAAAGGUAUAUCGGAGGACCUAAAAAAUUGAUUUCACUGGAUAUGUCCCUGAAUUUAUAGCUCAAUUUCUUGACACACCAGUUGACUCUAUUCCCUCUAGAGAGAUGCCACAGAAUUUAUAGAGCCAGAAAUAGCGAUUCCUCCUCUCCUAGAGGCGUAAUUAUCCGGUUCCUAAACUCUUCUGUAAAAUAUCUAUUCCUGAAACAAUUGAGCCUUAAUCAAUACAUUAGAGCUACAAAAUUUGAAGGGAUAAUGGUAUUCCCAGACCUUUUUUUAGCUACUAUAACGGAAAGAAGACGUUUUAAAGAUUUAACAUUACAGCUGAGAUCAAAAAAUAUAAGUUACGGAUUGGGGAUUUCCCACUAAGUUAAUAAUACUGCAUAAAAAUCAAAAAAUGUAUUUGUUAAAGAUCCUCUAGAAGAUAUACCCAGAUUGAAAGACUUAGGUAUACCAGACUAGGCAAUAACUGCAUGAUAGUACCCAGUGACAGUGGUAAUGUUGCUUGAAUUAAAUACUAUUGAAAAUAUAUAUAUGUAUAUUCUAACGUGUCUUCUAGAUUACUGUCAUCUUUAAAGAAACAUAUACAGUAUAUAUAAUAUGCAGAGCUCAAUUGAAGGUUUAAAGUUCUUUCCUGACAAAAUUGUAAUCCGUACGACAUUACUUUGUUAAACUAAACAACAUAGAUCAACAAACAAAACAAAUGCUCAUUUGCAGUUAACUGAGGGUUUAACCUUGCUAUCUCAUCAUUAUCAUCAAAGUAACUAAAAGAGGCAUAAGAGAAUACUUAGAACUGACUACUCAAAUAGCUUGCCCUUUGGUGGCUGUUUCCAAGCUGGUUUUAACUCAUCUUCUGCCAUUACAGAAAGAACCUAAAAAUAAAUUAUAUUCUAGUAGUGGUGCUGCUAAUACCCCUGGGGCACAUUUUGUUCCAUAGUCAGAAAUGGAUGUCAAUCAACUUACAAGGCAUGAAGUCAGUCUUCAAAAAGGAGGUGAUGGGUUUAAAGGGAUAAUGGCAAUACAAAGGGAGAAUAUUAGUUUGCACAUCGGACUGAUCUGGCCUGCAGAGGAAAUCCAGAACUGAAAUGCAAGGCAAAUACCUUUUACACAGUAGACACCGUAAGAACCUUUGUGAGGUUCACUGACAUUAUCUAGAUCGCAUAAAAAAUAAGUCAAACUUUUUAUUUAUUUAUUUAUUACGAGUAACUGUUUGGCCAUUCAGAAAAUAGUGAGCAACUCGCAUGCAGUAUAUCUUGUAUAAGCGUAUAUUGUAUAAUAUAUAUUGUAUCAUUAAUUGUCUUUUGCCUGCAGAACGCUUACUCAAGAUGUCCAUGGAGGAUCUUCGAGAGUUUCUCCAAGAGCAAAUUGCCCGGUCUCUAAGCUAUGAUGAUGAUAUAGUGGUUGAGCAAUUACAGACGUCGAUGUCAGAGCUACGCAAGCUAAAACUUGAAUUGCCACCUCCAGGUGCCACUUACUUUUUGUUUGCAUUCUUCAUACUAUAUGCAACUGAUGGCUUUAGAUAUUCAAAAGACUGA